AUGGCAGUGACACAAAGGCAGCCUGUUAAGCAGGCCCAAGAGCACGAAGUUCCCACCUUGAAGGAUCUCAAAGACGCAAUCCCGAAAGAAUGUUUUGAAUCCUCCCUCGCAACCUCUCUCCUCUACCUCCUCCGGGACAUCAUCUACUGUUCAGUUCUGAUCUAUGGUGCCCUCCACAUCCACCUGCUCCCUUCAUUGCCUCUGCGCAUUGUCGCCUGGGCUGCCUACGGUUUCCUCCAAGGAUGUGUCGGAACCGGAAUUUGGAUUCUUGCUCACGAGUGCGGUCACGGUGCCUUCUCCAAGCACACACGCAUCAAUGAUUUCAUUGGAUGGGCCGCUCACUCUUUCCUCAUGGUCCCAUACUUCUCAUGGAAGAUCACCCAUGCCCGUCACCACCGCUACACCGGUCACAUGGAGAAGGACACUGUCUUUGUUCCCUGGACCGAGGAUGAGUUGGCUACCAAGCGCAAUGUCUCCAUUGAGCAGCUGAAGCACCUUGCCGAGGAAACCCCUAUUGUUUCCUUCAUCCAGCUCAUUGGUCACCAGCUGCUCGGAUGGCAGUUGUACCUCUUCCUGAAUGUGACUGCCGGUGUCAAGAGUGGCCCCGAAGGCAAGGGCGGAAUUGAGAAGGCCAGCCACUUCAACCCCUCCAGCGCUCUGUUCACCCCUGCCCAGUGGAAGCUCAUUGCUUUGACUGAUCUCGGACUUCUGAUCAUGGGCUCCAUUGUCUACUACACCGGUACCAUCAUUGGCGCCUGGAACGUGUUCUUCCUCUACGUCGUUCCUUACCUCUGGGUUCACCACUGGUUGAUUGCUAUCACUUACCUUCAGCACACUCACCCCGAGGUUCCCCACUACACCGCUGAGGCCUGGACUUACACCAAGGGUGCCCUGGCUACCAUUGACCGCACCACCGGCUUCAUUGGUCGUCACUUCUUCCACGAGAUUAUCGACUACCACGUCAUCCACCACCUGUUCAGCCGCAUUCCUUUCUACAAGGCUGAGCAGGCCACCAAGGCUAUCCAGCCCUUGCUCGGUAACAACUACCACGAGCAGAAGGACGAGAGCUUCCUGUACUCUCUGAUGAUGACCUUCCGCAAGUGCAUUUACGUUUCCGAGAGCAAGGGUCUGGCCAGCGGCCAGUCUGGUGUUUUGCACUUCGUCAUGCCCGAGGAGAGCAAAUGA